UGAAUAGCAUCAUUCGAUCUUCUGUUGGCAUCAAGCAAACAGCUCGUCCUUUGGCUUUUAUUUGUAAUUCAUAAAGUUGUUUUAUUCACGACAAGAUGAAGGGACUUUUCAUCUCGAAAAUGGUUUUACUAGUUGCGUUUUGCGUCUGGAAUUGCCAGGCGGAUAACGUGACCGAGACGGCGCAAAAUGACCGGACGAAACGGUUCAUCCUCUUCAAGCAAUCUAAAGGCAUGGGCUUCGGUUUGGGUGCUGGACCAAAAGCAAAAGGUUUUCCGGCUAUGUCGAUGGUCGGCGUCGUCGAGCAACCUUAUCCAGUUCCGGUAGGAGUUCCGGAAUAUCCUGCAUACGCUCCUCCGAGUUAUUCACCACCCGCCUACGCACCGCCUCCAAGUUAUUCACCACCUGCAUACGCCCCGCCUCCCCCUGCUUACAGUCCCCCUGCUUACAUGCCACCUAUGGCACCCAUGCCACCUGUGUACAGCCCUCCUGCUUACAGUCCUCCCGCUUACGAAGCUCCUAGCUACCCCAUGCCGUCCUAUGCUCCACCAGCUCCUCCAGCCUAUGCUCCUCCAGCCUAUGCUCCUCUAGCCUAUGCUCCUCCAGCACCGCCAGCCUACGCUCCUCCGGCACCUCCUAGCUACCCCAUGCCAGCACCCCCAGCAUAUUCUCCUCCAGCUCCUCCUAGCUAUCCUGCUCCUGCUCCAAUGUAUCCUUAAGCGAAUUGUCCUUAAGGCAACUGUGUGACGGCAUUCUUUUAAGCGGGCUUGAAAGGAAAAUGGUAAAAUGUCUGUAGUGUUUGGCACUUACCGAAUUGUGUGGCUUCGUGUGAAUUUUCAAUAAUACAUUCGAAUGUCAAA